AUGGCGGACGGCAAUGAGGAGCAUCAGUACACCUCUAUCCACUGGGACGCGGGAGAGCCGUCCACGUCUGCGCUAGGUGGUGCUGGCUUCGGCGAUGCAGAAGCUGGACCCUCGGCAUCGUCCGCAACCGCAGCAGGGCCCAGCCAUGAUCGAUCAGCAAGCAACACCCGCUCAGCAGGGCUGGAGGCGUACUCGCCGGCCAUGAUGCGCUUGUCGGCACAGGACCGACCCGAGCUGCCAAAAUGGCAGGGAUUCCUGAUGGUACAGGUGUGCGAUGCGCGCAAGGAGGGAGAGGGCACAAAGGACAUGUUCAUCUCAUACGGCAUACGCGCCGAGACCAAUCUUCCUCACUUUGAUCGGACACGGCUCACCAAUCGGCGGCGAUAUAAAGACUUUGCAUUUCUGCGGGAUGCUCUCACAAAGGACUUUCCAGCAUGCGUCGUACCCCCUCUGCCAGACAAACACCGUUUAGAAUAUCUCACAGGCGAUCGUUUCAGCGCCGAAUUCGUGGAGCGAAGGACUGCAGACUUGCAACUCUUCCUGGAACGAGUAUGUCGACAUUCGAUCCUCCAGCGAACAGCAAUUCUCCGCUCUUUUCUCGAAUCGACGGAAUGGAACGUCGAUAUGCACACGCACAUGUCGCAAUCACAUGCUACUACCUCUCCAAACGGCGAAGCCAUGUCCUCUGGCUUGCUCGAGUCGCUGUCAGAUACCCUGCUGAACGCGUUCACCAAGGUGCGCAAGCCGGAUGCCAAAUUUGUCGAGAUGCGCGAGCGGCUCGAGAAGUUCGAAGAAAGCCUUGCAUCGACGGAGCGCAUUCUGGUGCGCAACCGAAAUCGUACUUCCGCUGCCCCUUCCGCUUCGUAUUCCACUUUGGCGCCUGAUCCAUAUGCCCCUCAACUUGACCUUGCGCCUGAUAAAGACCUGGCCAUUGAUUAUGAAGAUCUGGCAGCGUCGAUCGACGGGCUAGGCAUGCUCGAAUCAGGCAUGACGGACCAGCUGCAUCGCUUCGCCGUCACGCUGGCCGAGUUCUCGCGCCUGCACAAGCAGGAUGCGUCGCGGUGCUCCGACAGCAUCCUCGCGUCGAUGCAUGCGCUGCUGACGUAUGCGAACGCGCACAAGCAGGUGCUUAAGCUGCGCGAUCAGAAGCAGCUUGACUUCGAGGAGCUGACCGAGUACCUCAGCGGUGUCGUUGCGGAGCGCGACCGCCUUGCAAGCUUGAGCAGCCCGCAAGGCGCCGGACACGGACACGGUGGCGUGCGCGGCGCAGGCAUCACGGGCUACCUCAAGGACCAGAUGGACUCAUUGCGUGGCAUCGACGAGGAGCGCACGAGGGUGGAGAGGAUGCAGCGGCUCGAUGGGCGGAUCAAGGAGCUUCAAGAUGCCGUCGCGACGUCGCACGACGUCUCUCAGGCGUUCUCGCAGCAGGUCACCGUCGAGGCGAUGAUGUUUGAGUACGCCAAGCAGCUCGAGCUCAAGGAGAUGCUGGGACAGUACGUCGACUCAAAGGUGGAACUUCAUUCGCAGGCAGUGCACAACUGGGAUCGAUUGCUGAGGUCUCUCGAGGCGCUGUGA